AGCAGCAGAAUAGUUUGAACUAGUUUUCACUGAUCUAUAAUUAACUUUACAACUGUUUAUGAAUCUUUUCCUGCUGGUGUCGACGUAUUGGGUUUUCUGUGUUUGAGUCUGGUUCCAGCACAAGGCCCGUGCAGCAGCAGUGAUGAACUGGUCGGGACUGGAGAGUUUGUUGAGUGGAGUCAAUAAAUACUCCACUGCGUUCGGGAGGAUUUGGCUGUCCAUGGUGUUGGUGUUCCGUGUCAUGGUGUUUGUGGUGGCGGCGCAGAGGGUUUGGGGCGACGAGAACAAAGACUUUGUGUGUAAUACUCGGCAGCCUGGCUGUACCACCAUCUGCUAUGACCACAUCUUCCCCAUCUCACACAUCCGUCUGUGGGCGCUGCAGCUGAUUUUCGUCACCUGCCCGUCCCUGAUCGUGAUGGCUCAUGUUAAAUUCCGCGAAGGAAAGGACAAGAAAUACGAGGAGCUGCAUCACGGCUCUCACCUGUACGCCAACCCCGGCAAGAAGAGAGGGGGGCUGUGGUGGACCUAUCUGCUGAGUCUGAUCCUAAAGGCCGGAUUCGACAUGUCCUUUCUGUACAUUCUGUAUCGGAUAUACCACGGAUACGACUUGCCCAGGUUAUCAAAGUGUUCGCUGGCACCGUGCCCCAACACCGUGGAUUGCUUCAUCAGUCGCCCCACAGAGAAGAAGAUCUUCAUGUUGUUCAUGGUUGUGUCCAGCGCGCUCUGCAUCUUCAUGUGUCUCUGCGAGAUGAUUUACCUCGUCGGCAAGCGCAUCGCCAAAUUGAAGAGGGCCCGCCAGGAGAACGAGAGGUUCCGGUUUGCUGAGGAGCACGAGCUCACCAACAUGGCCCCACCCAGGUCGCAGUAUCGGAAGUCCGAUCCGACGCGGACGGAGAGCCAGCUCAGUUUAAACAAUAAUGACAAGGUCAGAGAAGGAGGUUUUAGUACGACCUUGUAG